GAACGACACUUGGCGUACACAUGAUAAUGUUUGGAUCAGUUCGUUUCGAAUGUGCCAUGGAAGAAAUAUACCCAAAUAAGACUAUUUCUUCAGAAGAAAUGAACGUUAUUGGGAGAGAGUUAUCUAAGGACUAUGUUUUUACCUCUGACGAUUGUGAUUAUAAUCAUGGUUUUAUCUCUGAAAACAAUUAUAAUGAUCCAUCAUCUGAAAAUGAUCCUAAUGAUAUGAUCAUUAUG